CCACGAACCAGAGCAAGCAAGACGAGCCAACCCUUGCUCGGCUUGACCUACCUACCCACGACUUUUCCUCCCUCUGCACGCGGUUAUUGUAGAUGUAGUGUGCGUGUGUAGGUAUCGUAUCGGCGCCUGAAUGCCUGGGUGAUGUCGAGAAAAUGCGGAAAGAGGAGGAACCCCUUGGUGCGACACAGGCAGCCCAUAAUUUCGAAUCCCAGUUAGGCCCAGCCUCGACGGGAUUCCAACAACGCCGCUAUCACCACCACGACUACGACUGCCACUACGACUGCCACUACGACCACGACCACGACUACGACCACGACCACGACCAACAACCACCUCAACCACACCUGCACCACCGCCGCCACCACGACCGCCACCAAGACCGCUACGCCCACUCGAACCCUAAUUCUGCAGCAUUUGACUCCUCCGACCACGAGGAUUGCGACCCCGAGCCAAAUCUUGUCCCGCAUCCCACCCUGUCGCCCUCGUCGGAAUUCGCAUCCUAUGCCUCACGCAACUUCCACGCCGCCCAUGCGAACGCGACCAGUGUCGAGCCCGUGGGCGUCGUAGAUCCCGACGAUUUCUAUAGGACUUAUCGUGGCGUCCACACGUCUGUCGUGCCGGGCCCGGCCUACGACGGAUUGAUGGCGUCGACCCUGCCCGUCUCCCAGAGGCCAGAGCAGAACGUCUCCCUGCGAUCCAACGGGCACCCUACCGCUCCGAGACACCCCCCCGCGGUCUCGACACGCUCCGGUCCGAAACCUGCCAUGCGCUCUGUGUCCGCGCCUGUUGACGAUAGACUUCCUGGUAGCACCUCUAGGUCGAGACCCGCAGCCGCCCCCGCGGCGCACGGGAACCGCGACGGACGUCGGCCCAGUGUAAAGGACCUGAAGCGAAGGUUUGACCAAAAUGCGGUGCAGUCCAGCAGUAACCCUACAGCCCGCAAGGCCGCCCCACGCAUUCCAACCAGAGAAACAUCUUCGUCAUCCGCAGGGUACCGUGGAGCCAGUGGCUCCUCUCCGACAAAUGGCCAACCAUCCUACGCAGCGGUGCGGUCGGCCGUGACGCGUGACUUUCCUUCUUCUUCUUCUGGAACAGGAGGGUCAUCAGCGACGCGGGCCACACACAGGAACAAAUCAGUGUCCGAGGACCAAUUAUCCAAUAAUUCCCAAUCAUUUGCCAGCCGAAUAGCAAAGCCUCGAGUGUCGGUCGGCUCGCACCCCGAGGCGUCUAAAUCGACGAGCAAUCUAUCCCCAAGCACCUCGCCCACCUCGCCCACCUCGAUCCCGCCGUUGCCCCUGUCCCGCGCUCUCCUCUUCGGCGAGAUCGCUCCCGGCGAACUAAAUUCCGGAGCGGCAGGUUACGGGAUCCAGCGCACUCGACCAAGGCGGACUUCGGACUCCAACCUGCGCACGCCGAGCGGUUUGCACCUGCGAAGCUUAUCCCAUACCGACGUCGAACCCCCCUCGCCGAGUGACUGGUACCGUAGUUUGAAAGGGGAACCCGCGAUUCAUGACCGUACCGAUACGAAGACCCCGAGGCCCACCAAGGCCCACAGCCGGUCACAUAGCGACGUUGCUGUAGCGAGGCAGGGUCUCGUACCAGCACCGUUGCAGGCGCCCCAAGAGCCGCGCUCAAAACCCCACACAGAUCGGGGUCCGUCGUCGACAGCUUCAAGACUGCCGGUCUCGGUGCGGAAAUUCAAUUCUCCCUCGGGCUCCUCCAGCCCAACGUCGACGCGGUCGAGCUCACCAGCCACACGCAAACGCCCUCCCGUCCCAGGGAAAAUGACCAAGCCGAUACCGACCGUAGGAACCAAGACGCCCUCCAGCAGCUCUAGCUCCACAACGCGACGGCCAAAUAGGCUAGGAUCCGUUACUCCAAACGGUAGCACAAGACUCAACGCUUACAUCUCAGCACCGGCACCCAAAUCGUCCCCGCCACUGCGGAGCUCACGACCGCGCCAACCGGUAUCUGCGGCGACCACCACGAGUUCGAGAAUGAAGGCCGUCGAGAGAGGCCGGUCGCCGAUGCGCGUCGACUCGAGAGCGGGGACGAGAUCCAACGACCAGGGCCGACGACGAAAGAUAUCUAUGGGCCCGAUCGACUUCGAGUCACGACGGGCCCAGAUCAAGCGGUCAUACACGAAAUCCAUCCGAGAAAGCGAGGCGAGGGCAGCAGCUAAGAGGGCGGAUGAGGAGAGGAGAAGAAAAGAGGAGGAGGAGGCCGAGGCUUUAAAGCUCGGAUUAGAGGCCGAGCGGAAACGUCGGGAUGAAAAGAGCCAGGAAGAGCUUGCCGGUGAUGACGUCCAAAAGUUAACAGAUACGGAAGCACCCAAAGCCGAUCAAGCAGCAUUGACCAUCGCCACGAACCUUGUGCAGCAUCGCCCAGGUGACGUGGCCGCAACACCCGGGUUCGUCCAGCAAGAUUCCCCAACAUUCGGUAUACCGGGGAGUUUUCCAACUCCCGGAACGGCUGAGGAUCAGGAUGAGGCACCGCCCUCGGCAAUCUCGAACACUACUGAAUUUGACAUCGAUCCACAAACGGAGCCUCCGCUGCAAAACGUUUCUAUACGGUUAGACAUAAGCAAGACUAGCAACGAGACCAGCCCCUCUAGACCAACGUAUCCGAAGUCGGAAUAUCGGUCUCCGUUCGAGGACGAAUGCGCCGACGACGACGAGCUACCCAUACCAAUUCACGUCUCCUUAAAUACUUCCGUAGAGGCCAGGCUGCAACCUGCGAACGAGACCGGUACGAGCCGUGAGAUUCCGACCGCAUACCAAGACGGCGACGGCGACGACGACGAGUACUCCCCACAGCCACUUCCAUCUCAACCGUAUCCAACGAAAGUAACGAUCAUUGGUCGUGAUUCGAGUUUUCCACACUCCACACGAGACGGUAGUGGACCGAUCUUCGCGAAUUUCUCCAGCACCCAAGAUUUUGGAGACAAAGAUGUGCAGCUCAAACAAGCCGAGAUUAGAGAGUUUCUUGCCGGGCAAAUCGUCGAGGAUUCCACGCAAAAUAUUCCGGAAGCUUCUAGCCCUAAAAUACCGGAGAGCAAUGGUAUAGACUCGGAGAAACGAGGUGUAGAGGACCCUCGUUUCUCCACAGAACCUCGACAGACUAUGGGCACGGUCCCGAGUCUCGCGGUGCCCAGAACUUCGGAUUCCGCGAAUAGAACGAGUCAAACGACGAUUUGGACCGACUUCUCGUUUAACACCCAAGAUGCGUACUCGGAGUAUGAGUUCAAGAACCGGGAUCUACCCAAUCUCGACCCAUCCUACCGCGACCACUCGGUCUCGGAGUCUGGCUCCGUUCCACGGGUAUACCAGGGGGGGCGAGGCUCCGUAGACACAUCUUGCAGCUCCGAGAUGCCUCCUCGUAGACCUUCUGGAGAGCCAGAAGCAGCCUACCACAGACCACACCAGCUUCCGGAGCUCAACACGGGUGGUGGAUUUGUCGUAGAUUAUAUCCAUCAUGAGGACUGCUCUAUCCCAUCGUUACCAGACCACUCGCCGCCCCCACCUCCCGAUGAGGUCUCUCUCCGCGAUGCCUCCAGUUCCGCCCCACAGAGCGAAUACAUCGACGAAACGAGGCCUAGCAGCUAUGUGCAAGGCGGGAAAGAUGACCAGAGCGUGUUCUCGAUGGGUACCUACCGGGAGAGUGAGGAUUUUAGCCGAUCUGAGUCAGUCUCUCGUGCCGUUUACCCCAACUCCUAUGAAGCCUCUACUCGCUCUGUUCUAGACAGCCGCCAGACGUUGGCGGACAGCAUCGACCAAGCCGACGACGGUACCGGACUCUCGGCGAAGGAGAAAAAACGCCUCUUCACGCGUCUCGAAACCAUCAAGGAGCUCAUCGACACCGAAGCAUUCUUCAUCAGGGACAUGAACAUCGUCGAAGAAAUCUACAAGGGGACGGCAGAGGCUUGCCCCCAACUCGACGACAAGACGAUCAAAUUAAUUUUUCGCAACACCGAUCAAAUCAUACAAUUUCACUCAGAAUUCCUGGUGGAACUGAAGGAAGGCGUCUCUAGUGUAUACACCCCCAGAGUGCAUCGGACCCCACCGCCGAAAGAGUCCCCGAGCCCAUCCGACGGCACCGCCCCCUCAAUCGCGUCGCCGGCGGCAUCGACGCCUCUCACGGGAGAACUAAACGACGAUAGGGACCGACAGACAUCGCUUGGGCCGAUUUUCAUUCGGAAUGUGGAGAAGAUGAAGGUGGCGCAUGAGACCUUUCUCAAGAACAGCGACCAUGCUGCGAAACGCCUCAUUCAGAUUCAGGAGGACCCGACGGUCAAAGUUUGGUUGAACGAAUGCAACGAGGUCGCAAGGGACUUGACGAAGGCGUGGAAUCUGGAUUCACUCCUUAUCAAACCAAUGCAGAGGAUCACCAAGUACCCAAAUCUUCUCAUCCAACUUCUGCACGAAACGCCGACAGACCACCCGGAUCGUCCGUUCCUCGAGUCCGCCAAGACCAGCUUAGAAAACGCGAUAGAGGAAAUCAACAAGACGAAGAAGAAUUUCGAACUAGUCGGGCAGAUAGUGGGUAGAAAACGCAAAGAGUCCGACGUCAGGGCCGGGUUCGCCAGGGCAUUCGGAAAAAGGGUUGACAAGCUACAAGCAACCCACAAGCCCCCCGAAGAUCCAGAGUACCUCAAACUUCACGAGAGAUUCGGCGACGACUACCUUCGACUUCAGGUUGUGUUACGGGAUGUCGAAUUUUACACGAGGCAGGUGACCGAAUACGUCCACGAGUUCCUGCAAUAUCUCUCUUCAAUGGAACUCGUCAUGCGGUUGCAGCCCUCGCCUCACCCCGAGAUCGAGAGCAAAUGGGUUCGCUUUAACGUAUCUAUGAGAGAUAUUGAAAAGGUUGCCCUAGAGCAUCAUCUCUCCCAAGUUCGAAAGCAGGUCAUCGAGCCUUUCGAGCUUGUGAUCAAGUCGUACGGAAAUCCGUCCCUCGCUAUGAAAAAGAGGGCCAAGCGCCGAUUAGACUAUGAAAAGUCGGUCCAACUAAAGAAAAGCGGUAAGAAGAUCGACAAACAACUUUCUGAAUUCAUCGAGCAGUACGAAGCCUUGAACGAGGCUUUGAAGAAGGAGCUGCCAAAGCUUUCUGCGUUAACGGAGAAAGUGGGCAAUAUUUGCCUUGGGAAUUUCGUCAACAUACAGGCGAAAUGGUUUGCUAUUUGGAAAGAGAAGGUUAGGGUAGUGCUCGAAGACUCCGAGGUGCCAGAGGUGUCCGAUAUUUUGUCCACGUUCCACCGCGAUUACAAGUUUCAAGACGAACAGAUCAAUACGAUUGGCAUCGUGAACCCGGCCUCUAAGGGCAGGCCAUCCCAAUCGACCAGCACGGACGAGUCCUUUGCAAGGCUCCGCCCGCGACCGUCCGAGCUCUUGGCCGCUCGCGGUCGAGGGCUGUCCCUGAGCAGCGACGCCGCCCCGAGUUUGCCAACGCCCGACUUCAUGAAGCGUCAUAGCGGCCAGUUCACUAUCUCGCCCACUUCCGCUUCUAUUCCGAGCCCCCACCAGUACUACUAUCGCGAUUAUUAUACCGGUGCCAACAUGCAGGGGCGACCGAAUUCCGGCUCACCCCAUACUCCUGAUUUGUCCGGUGUUUCUCGAUCUAUUGGUACGGCGUCCAUCCGUCCCGGGACGGGGCAGAGCCACGACUCUAGUAGCGGCUUCCCGAGGCAGAGUAUGGAGUCAACUCCCCACUCUAGACACUAUUCCAAUUCCACGUAUACUUCGCAGUAUCAACCGGCCGAUAACCAGCGUUACUCGGGUCUGUUCCAGUCUGCCUUGCCCCCGUCUGAUAGCCAAGAACGUCUUCCGCGACCAUCUCAAGCCUCAUCUCGUGCUUCUUCCCGAGAGAGGCAACCUAUCAACGGAUACAACGUCCUGUGGCUAGCAGCCUCCCUCUUCGAAUUUAACAUUGAAACUACUAAACAUGAAGCCGGGUACCCUUACCUAACGUACCAGGCGGGAGAGAUAUUCGAUGUCAUAGCUGAGAAAGGCGAGCUGUGGCUCGCCAAAAACCAGGACGACCCCAACAACCUAGUCGGAUGGCUAUGGUCCAAGCAUUUCGCCAAGUUGGCAGAUGAUUAGAUCGAAUGAUUUCUUAUUGUCUUACACGUACAUUUUCUUACACGUCUGUUGGUUCCUGCUCAUAUCACUUCUUGCGAUACC